GCUCUAAGCAAUUUUUUUUUAAUGCGAAUUAUAAUUAAUUAAUAAUUAAUAAGUGUUGAUUUUAAAUGUUUAAAAGUCCUUAAUUUAGAAAAGAGUGAUCUUAGUUAAAUUUUCGUUUUGUUACGCUUUAUAAUAAACGUUUUUAAAACAGAAAGUGGGCGUGGUUAUGGGAGGAGGGGGCGUGGCAGAGCAGCUUAAAGCUGAUGUGAGUGUCAGAGUGCAGAGUGUCUCAGAGUACAGUUGAGUUUGUGGAGCUUAAACACCGGCGGUUCUGCUGGAAAUGCGCUCUUCAUUUGACUACAGAGUGUGAAGGACAUUUUCGCUCCAUAACUGAUCAGACCAGCGCUGUUGUUUCGUCGCGGCGGCGGUAGAAGUAAUCCAUAACAACACACAGUUAGUGCAGGUCUGCAGAUGGGUCAGGGCCUGUGGAGGGUGGCGAGGAACCAGCAGCUGCAGCAGGAGUACAGCGAGCAGUGUUUCCUCCAGCGCAGUGAGCGUCGGCGCAGGAUGGCGCCGCUGCUGAGCGAGACGCCGUCGCAGUCGCGCCGCACGCCGCAGUGUCAUGCCGACCUCGGGCACCUGCUGCGCGCACGCAAGGCCAAAGAGGAGCAGGGCUUCAUCGACCUGGACAUGCUGCCCCCAGAGCUCAGCAUCACCAUCCUCUCCUACCUGAACGCCACCGACCUGUGCCUGGCCUCCUGCGUGUGGCAGGACCUGGGCAACGACGAGUACCUGUGGCAGGGCUUGUGUAAGUCCACUUGGGGUCACUGUUCCAUCUACAACAGGCUCCUCCCCCCCGGCUUCUCCUACAGAAAACUCUACAUGCAGCUCGAUGAAGGAAGUUUGACGUUCAACGCUAACCCUCAGGAGGGCAUCACUUACCUCAUGUCCAAAAGCAUUCUCCUGGACCAUCCGAAGGAAAUCGCCAAGUUCAUAUUCUACACCAGAAUGCUGAAUUGGAAGAUGCUGCGUAUUUAUCUCGAUGAACGCCGCGACGUGCUGGACGAGCUGGUCACACUACACAACUUCAGUAACCAGUUCCUUCCCAACGCGCUGAGGGAUUUCUUCAGACACAUUCACGCGCCCGAGGAGCGCGGCGAGUACCUGGAGACGCUCAUCACCAAGUUCUCACACCGUUUCUGUGCCUGUAACCCCACGCUGGUGAGGGACGUCGGCCUCACGCCUGACGCCGUGUACGUGCUGUGCUACUCGCUCAUCCUGCUCUCCAUCGACCUGAGCAGCCCACACGUGAAGAACAAGAUGUCCAAGCGCGAGUUCAUCCGCAACACGCGCCGCGCCGCACAGAACAUCAGCGAGGACUUUGUGGGUCACCUGUAUGACAACAUCUAUCUGAUCGGCCAUGUGGCUGCCUAGCAGAUUAUAUGCGUACAUACACACACACACACACACACAUGGGCACUGGCCAAUAAAACACUCAGCUAUGGCACUGAUGCGCUUUCUGCUAAUCCGAAGGGGUCUUAGGAUGGAGAGAAUAACACACUGAUCCUAACCCUGAGGUAUAGAGAUGUUCAUUAGGAUAGUGUAGGGUAUGCUAGACAGCAGCCCACACACACACACACACACACACACACACAAAACGUGGGUUGCCUUAAGCAGCCCGAGGCAGAAAAGGGUAGCGACACACUCACAGCUUAAAACUGCAGAGCCAUGUAGCCACACGAAGCUAAAUGCAGCCGUGUCAUUAUAAGUCGAUGAACGUCCAUUUUAAUCUCCGAACUUUAAAUCUGGCCCGAGUCUGCUCGCUCACGAUUAUUACAUUUUGACUGUUUAUGAAGCCACCGUCUGCGAGCGAGAUUAUUUUUCCACUUGAUGACUGUCUGCUCUCUGCAUCUAUUUCCUCUUUUCUUUAUAGCCGUCGAUUCCAAAGCAGCCACAAAAAAAAUAUGGUUUGAUCCAGAUGAAACCGAAGGGCCUUCGAUCUCUUUUUUUCGAUGAUGAUGAUGAUGAAGAUACACCAACAAUAAUCAUUGUGUAUUUUUUUUUUUUUUAAUUAAACAGCUUGAUGUUGUUGCACUUAAUCCACUGACAAACUCUCUCAGCUUGAAUAACCGCAGCGUGAAGUGAUUAUUACGGAGAUGUUUCGAGAUUCCGAAUGUAAAGCGGACAUGGAUAUGAAGAUUCAUGAUCACUUAAACCGUGACAUGGUGCUGUUAGAGGGUAACGUUGCUGCCUCACGGCUCAAGCGUCCCCAGGUUCGAUCCUGAGCUCGGGUCUGUGUUACUCCUCCAGAUUCUCUGGUUUCCUCCCAACUUCCGAAACAGUGUACUGGCUAUGUUAAACUGUGCCUAGGUUGUGAAUGUGUGUGUGCUGGCGUCUCAUCCAGGCUCACACCCAGCAUUCCCGGGAUAGACUCCCAGGAUCCACCGCGACCCUGCCCAGGAUGAAGCACUUACUGAAGAUCCCUUUAUCCUAAAUAUAGUUGGAAGUCUGACUCUUUUUGUCUGAUGUGCACUUCCGUUCAUUUUUAAGCUCAUAUCUCAUAUAAAUCUGAUGGACUGAGUUCCAGUUCCUGUAAUUGCUCAGUCGGUUUUAGCUGUCUAACACCAGCGUGUGUAUGCGUAGCUUCCUAAUGAGGUGUGGAUGCGACGGGAACGCCUCGCCCCCGCUGCCUGUGUAAUCUCUCGCUGCUUCCGCUGUGUAACACGAGCGAAUCUCUUACACUGCUACUGUUAGGUUGAUCAAGAGCACUUUAACCCAAGGAGAUAUUUUUAUUUGUAGUAAUGUUAUUCUAUAAUAUUAUAUCCCUCCUUUUUUUUUUUUUUUUUUUUUUUUCUUUUCUAAUUUGGGUUGUAUGCACAUCUGAAGGAGCUCCACAGUAGUGCCAAUAGCAAUGCUGAAGUGUGUACACUGACGUAACAUCAUUCGCAUUAUAUAGUAUAAACAGAUGAAUAAUACGACUUGUUUUAUUUGCACAUCAUGUACAUAUUUAAGUAUAGAGGUUUAUAUAGAAAUAUAAUUUUAUUUUUAAAUAUUUUAGCUAAUUUUUCUGAUGGUUUUUCUUUCCCUUAUUUGAUAGGGCGACUUCUCUUUUUGCACUUAAGAAAUUUUUGCCACGUCUUUCUCUCUCUCUCACUCUCACACACACACACACACACACACACAAACCACUCGCAUCAUUGAUGUCGUCCAUCAUGCAAAUGAAUACUAAUGAUGCAAACAAAAGUCCGGUAUAUCUGUUUUAUUGUGACUUUUUUUUCCAUUUACUUCCCUGCAAUCAUUCCACUGUUGUUCUGAGAAAAUCUCUGACUAUUCAGGAAACAAUUCUUCAACAUUAUCUAAUGAUUUGGCCUAAUUAUUAUUAUUAUUAUUAUUAUUAUUAUUAUUAUGUGUUUAGUAGGCAUGUGCCUGUAAUCACCUACACUAUAUUUUUAGAAUAUUUUAGAACCUGGAUGAUCUUGGUAUCAUGGAAAUGAGUGCUUUGAAUUGUCGUUUGAAAUGAUCAUCACUACUGCUGCGUUUGAUUUCUCCAAGCUGAACGUACUGGAGUCCUGAGAGUAAAUAACUGUCACAUGCACUAGACGUGAAGAUGUAAUGGCCUUAGUAAGGUCCCAGAGUUCAGUCACACUUUUUUUUUUUUUCCUUCAAAUAUCAUGAUAAUGUAAUAUAAUAAAAUUAAAGGUAAGCUUAUGUUCAUGAUCAUUUGUUUUUGUUUUUGUUUUUUUUUUCUUUUUAAAUGUAAUACUGGCACAUGCCUAUUAUUUCUAAAAAAAUAUAUAUAUAUUAGCUUUCCAAGAGGCCUUACAGGACAGAAUAAUAAAAGAAUGUGAUAAAUAAAGUUGAAUUUUCUCCUGACAGCAGAGCUAUAUUGCAGAAUUAAAUCCAUAACAAUGAAACUCUCUUAUGUUUGAUCAGAUUUAUUUAAUAUUAAGAAAUUAGCAGAUAAUUGUUUUGAGAAAGGUUUCUGAAUGACAACACUGGACUAAAAUACUUCUAGAUUGUAUAAAAAAAAUAAAAUGUUGAGAAGCAUUAAAA